CUCCCCGAGUCUGUAUGAAGUCAGUGAGUCUGAGGGAGAUCUAGACGUUGACUUCUCGGAUGAAAUGCGCUCUCUGUCGCUCUGAGAGAGUCUGCGCUUCACAGGAACAGAGAACAUGCUUUCUGGAGUCCUUCGUUUCACACCGGCAGCGCUUUUGGCUCUGCUGCCAUGGUUGUCAUGUUUCAAUGUGGACGAGAAGAACCAGAUGUCAUUCAGCGGACCGGUGGAGGACAUGUUCGGAUACACCGUCCAGCAGUUCGAGAACAGUGAGGGAAAGUGGGUUCUGAUCGGUUCUCCUCUGACUGGACAGCCGGCGAAACGGACCGGAGACGUCUACAGGUGCCCCGUGGGACAAAACAAAAACGCUACAUGUGAAAAAUUCCUUUUGCCAGAAAACACGACCAUUCCGAACAUAAAUGAAGUGAAGGAAAACAUGACGAUGGGGACGACGCUGGUGGUUAACCCCGACGGCAAAGGCUUUCUGGCCUGUGGACCUCAGUACGGAUACAUGUGUGGAAAACAGCAGUACAUCACCGGGAUCUGCUCCAACGUCAGCUCCUCCUUCAAAGUGCUCAACUCCAUCGCUCCGACUGUACAAGAGUGCAAGCAGGAUAUGGAUAUUGUCAUAGUGCUGGACGGCUCCAACAGCAUCUACCCGUGGGAACCCAUCACAGAUUUCCUCGUCAAAUUUCUACAGAACAUUACAAUCGGACCGGCCCAGGUGGGCAUCGUGUCUUAUGGAGACGAUGUCGGCCACAUCUUCAACCUCAGCCAGUUCAGUAACAGAGAUGAGCUUCUCAACGAAGCUGCUAAAAUACCUCAAAGAACCGGCCACAAAACCAUGACAGCCCUCGGCAUCGACACGGCGAGGAAAGAGGCUUUUACAGCGGAGCGAGGAGCGAGGCCAGGGGUCAAAAAGGUCAUGGUGAUCGUCACAGACGGCGAGUCACAUGACCACUACGAUUUGGAAAAGGUCAUUAAAGAGUGUGAAGAAGAUGGGAUCGAGCGGUUCGCUGUCGCUGUCCUUGGUGACUAUAACCGACAAAAUAAAACCCUGGAAGAAAUACAGAAUUUUGUUGCUGAGAUCGAAUCGAUUGCUAGCGAAGACAAAAGCGAUCAUUUCUUCAACGUGUCGGAUGAAAAAGCAUUAGUGACCAUCGUGGAUGCCUUAGGAAGCAAGAUCUUCGCCUUAGAGGCCACAUCUGAGAACCACACGUCCUCGUUUGAGAUGGAGAUGUCUCAGUCGGGCUUCAGCGCGCACACGUCUCGAGCAGGUGUGAUGCUGGGAGCCGUGGGGGCUUUCGAAUGGGACGGGACUGUAGUGAUGCAAUCCGGCCAAGAGUUCGUCGUUCCCGAAAGAAACACCUUCCGCGACCCUGCAGAUAAGAGAUACGAGGGCACGGCGGGAUACAUAGGUUAUGACGUGCAGUCGGCGAACACACGCCACGGGACGCUGUACAUCACAGGAGCACCACGCUUCAACCACAGCGGCCGGGUCACCGUCUACCGCUUCCACCGAGGAAACGUCACUAUAACACAGAUGCUGAAAGGAGAGCAGAUCGGCUCCUACUUCGGCAGCGUCCUCCAGACUCAGGACAUCGACGGUGACAAUUACACCGACAUCCUUCUGGUCGGAGCUCCCAUGUUCAUGGGUCCGGAGAGGGACGAACAAGGUCAAGUCUACGUCUACAGACUCAAGGAGGACGGGCUGUUUGAACACGAGAUGACUCUGAAGCCGGUGAAUCAGACCUGCUGUUCGGCUCACUCCCAGAGCACCUGUAAGAGCGUCAGUAAGAACGAGCCCUGCGGAGCACGCUUCGGUACCGCCAUCGCCGCCGUCCCUGACCUCAACCUGGACGGAUACAGAGACAUAGUGAUCGGGUCACCGCUGGAGAACGACCACAGAGGGGCCGUGUAUAUUUACCACGGCUCUCACAAAUCCAUAAAGGAGAAGUAUGUGCAGCGCAUCGCUGCCGGAGGAGACGGAGAGCGCAUGAAGUUCUUCGGCCAGUCGAUCCACGGCAUCAUGGAUCUGAACGAUGACGGCAUCAUCGACGUCACCAUCGGAGGAAUCGGAGGAGCCGCGCUUUUCUGGUCUCGGGAUGUCGCGGAACUUGUUGCCGAGAUGACCUUUGACCCUAGCAAGAUCAAUCUGCAGCAGACGUGUCAGGUUCAAGGGAGGACCACAGUAUGCGUGAAGACCAGAGUGUGCUUCCGGUACCGAAUCAAGUCUGACAAAAAAAGCACCACGGGAACGGUCAUCAGGUACAGCUUGACUCUGGAUUCUCUGAGAGCGAUUGCUCGAGUCCGGUUUAAUGAAACGGACAGCAGGAGGCUGCAGAAGGUCCAGUCCAUCGUGGACCAGCUUUGCAGAGAACACACCUUCUACACGUCGGAUAAACUGGAUUUCAGAGACCCCAUUAUGGUCACGCUGGAGUUCGGCCUGGCGGAAGAAGACUCGGGUCCAGUUCUAGACGGGGAUAAACCGACGUCACUCAACAAGAGCAUCACAUUAGUGGACUGUGGGAAUAAAGACAAGUGUGUUGCUAAUCUGCACCUUAACGCCAAGGCUAACAUCUCAAGACUUCUCAUAAAAAGUAACCAGGAGAAGUUUUAUGUGAACAUCGACGUCCACAACAGCGGAGACAACGCCUACAACUCCAAGGUUACGCUGAGCCACACCGAGAACAUCAACUACGUGAAAGUCGAGCCCAAAGAUAAAGACUGUGAAACGAAUAAUACCAAAAUAGUAUGUGCUGUUGGAUACCCUUUUCUUAAAACUGACAAAAAGGAAAGCUUCAAAAUCCAGUUUGAGCCCAAUCCCUCUCAUAUCCGUAAGGACAUCGUGAUCAAUGUUACUGCAGCCACUGAUAGCAAGGAGUUAGAUUCAGCCUUGAAGGACAACUUUAAGAGCAUCGUCAUCCCUGUGCAGCACGAAGCCAACCUGAGAGUCACUCUAAACAAGUAUAUGAAGGAGGACCACAUCAUAAUAAAAGAGAAGGAGACCAUACCCAGUGUUUUCAACCACACUAGCGUGAUCGGGGAAGAGCUGAAGAUCAGCUACACGAUCGAGAGGGAUACAGAAAUGCAGACUCCUCCGCUGCUGCUCAAGAUAAUGUUUCCGUAUCAGACGUCCUUCAAAAACGUCCUGCUGUACAUGACAGACGUCAGCCUCACAGCGGGAAUCGUCUGCGAUGCCGGAAGACUGAUUAACCCUUUAGGCAUCGCGCCUGACAAGCCUUACACAGUAACUGCUAAAAAAGAGACCUUGAGUGUAUAUCUUUUGAGUUGCAAAACAAAAGGAAAUGACUGCGAGUCGUUCAGCUGCACAAUCCCUCCCGGAGACUUCAAGCAGGUCAACGCCUCUUUCCGAGUGUGGCGUCCCACCUUCAUCAAGGGAGAGUUUUCCAAAAUUCACGUAGCUAUCGACGCCAUCCUGGAGAGCAAGGACACGGACCUGUUUGUGUUGAACGAUAACAUCAAGACCAGAGAGGUCAAGUUUCAGGUCACCAAAGACAUACGGAGCGAAAUCCCUCUAUGGAUUAUCAUUCUCAGCAUUCUAAUAGGCCUUUUAAUUCUGGCACUCGUCAUCUUUGUUUUAUGGAAGGCUGGAUUCUUCAAGAGAAAAUCGGUGGAGGACAUGAAGCAAGAUAUGAAGGAAGAUGUAAAGGAAUAAAAAGACGCGUCGCCUCCAGCCCUCAGGUCAACUCAUACUUCACCGCUAGACGAGGUCGAGGAGAUCAGCAGGAGUCGUGGGAUCACAGCUAGCGUACCAAAGAGAACCUAGAGAGAACCCAGGGCUUUACGCGACACGUUGAUCUUCUCACUGUAAAAUUAAACGAAAUGUGAUCUCGAGUGAACCUCUGAGACGCCACGAGAUCGGUUUUGCCAAACCACGCCAGUCCAGCUUGAACCCGACAUCCCAGCAGCCAUCUGUGACCCUCCUUCAUCAUCAGCAUAACCAGAACCAGGAACCCGUCCUGGAAGCAUCCACAGGACCAUGCUCUGCUACCGGCAACCGGUUUAUUCAGAUAACUCACUUUUAGAGCUUGUUUUGAUGAAGCGCUGUACAGAGAUGUUCGUUUCGAUUAGCGUUAUGGGCUAUGAAUAUUAACACAUUUCUUUUUCGUUCACAACUUUUUGGCACUGACGUUUCCCACACCUUUUGUCUUCAGGUUUGAAGAAGAAAGGGUCUGUACUGUAAAUGUAAAGCUUUGAAGUGUAUAUAAAGUUAUGUUUGCAAUACCAUGUUAAUGAUGAAGUAAUAGCUUUGUCAGAAUGACUACAUCACCUGUAUUCAGUGCGAUACCUGUCUUGUUUUCUGAGCUAGAAAGCAGUAUUUCUCAGGUAUUACGGAUGGGUCACAGUCAAUGUCUGGAACUGUCAAAUGGGACAGCUGUAGACUUCCUUGUUCGAUUUUUGAUAUGCAAAUAAUAGAAGAACGUUUACUUGACUGAAGCAGAAACAUUAAAACUAAAGUGUGUGAUUCACGCCCCGGCAAACCAGAUGAUGAGCAGGAUUCACGAAUGAUCUCUUUUUGCUAGAUAUCCCUGCUAGAAAAGAUAGUUUACUCUUCAUAUUAAUUAGCUGAGUGCACAAAUGUACUGCUAGACAUACAUAUAAUCUAAAUACGCCUAUACAUAUAGGCUAAAUUAUACAAAAUGCAAAACAUGACUUAAUUACAGAUGCAAAUUGAGCAUGAGUGCCUUAAAUUAUGAUGCCCCUGGUCAUAUAUAUACAUAUAUACAUGCACACUUUUAAUUAAUUAAUAAUGCAUUAAGCCAAUGUUUUAUGUUGCAUUGUUUCACUUUUUCUUUUCCCUUUCUACUCAUUUUCUCACGUAGAAAAAAUACGAGACUUCCAUUGCCAGCUUUUUUGCAACACAAAGCACGCUGAAAUCAGUUUAAACACAACUGAUUUUUAACGUUCCUGUUUUUGCCAAAAAUGCUCAACGCGGCAUGCUUCAACUUAACCCCCGGGCGUGAAUAUUUAUGAUAUCCAUAGACAAAGAACUCUGUUUUAUAAUGUAAUAUUUCUGCUUCGUAACAAGGGUCAUAAAUAUAUUCACUGUGUCUUUCUUUUAUUUAAUUGGUUGAAUGAAAUUGAUGAAAACAGAUCAGGUGACGUUUUUUUAUUCAGUAAAACCAAAAAACAAUGCGUGCAAAGAUAUGUUCAAGAAGUUUCAGGAAAAAAAAGUCUUUUUGUUUGUUAUUGAUGUGGUACUGCCUUAUGAUGAGUUGUGUAUGUUUUAUUAUACACUGUAACUUUAACAUCCGCUCUUGUUUGUUGAAGGAGAUGCCAUUAUGUUAGAAUCAACCGCAUUCGUGUUUCGGACACCCAGAAACAGCUGAAGAUGAAUUUAGUGAAGCGUGUAGUGAUGAGCACCUGUCAGAUACUCUGCUGUGAAGUUUCUAUGUAAUGCACUGUGUUUUUUUCAUAUUGUAAAUACUUUUCAGCACGGAUUUAAAAAGCCUUGCACAUACUGUCAAAAAAAAAAAACAUGCUCAGAAAAAAGUAAUAAAUGCUUAUUUUGUAAUUUA